AUGAGUGCGGAACAAGUGAAAAUGGUGAUGGACGUGAUCGAUGCCACUCUGCGCGACCCGUCCAAACCGUGGGACAAACUGUUCAGCUGGGUGGAGACCCGGACCGGCGUGAACCGAUUUAGACAGCUGCUGAUCGCGGUGACCGGCCUGUCAUUUUUGCUCUUAUUCGAUUGCGGGAUGAUCGCCACGGUGAUCAGUAACGCGAUAGGUUUCGUGUACCCGGCCUACACGACGAUCGCGCUGAUGGAGACGCCCCGGAAGCCGGCGUCGUACGCAAAGUCCGCGGUCCAGGCCACACACAAAUGGCUGGCCUAUUGGCCCGCGUUCGUCGUCAUACUGAUUGUGGAACAGCACUUCGGAAUCAUACUCAGGUUCGUGCCGUUCUACCUGCUGUUCAAAACGCUGUUCCUCGUCUGGUGUAUCGCGCCCAUCAAUAACAACGGCGUGGCAACGCUGUACGCGGAACUGACCCCGUAUUUAGAUUUGUACUUCGACUAG